CCAUUUUCAUCAACCAAAAAUCUCUUAGACCUUUGAAAUCUCUCUUCCAUUAACCAAAAUCUUUACUUUGAGACCCAACUUUGACAUGGCAGAACUCAACCACACAUUGCUUGUCAUUUUCCUCUCUCUCUUCUUCUCAUUUCUUUCCACCCCAGUUGAGCCAUCACCUUUGACAAGGCACAGAAACCCUAAGGCAAUGACCUACAUAGAGUCCUCUUGCAAAGGCACCCUCUACCCUAAUCUAUGCAUCCGUUGUCUUUCCCAAUAUGCCAAAUCCCACUUAAAUGGCCCACAACACUUGGCACAAUAUGCCCUGUCAGUGAGCCUCUCUAGGGCACUGCACACAAAAGGGUACCUUUUGCAAGUGGCAAAGGAGCUUCAAGCCAUCAAGAGAAACAAAAGAGAGUACCUAACAGUGCAAGAUUGUGUGAACCAAAUAACUGAUAGUGUGGAACAAAUUAACCAAGCCAUGAAAGAACUGCGUAGCUUCAACAAACAUGAUUCAAGCAUGAAUGAUAACAUGUGGCACAUAAGCAAUGUUGAGACAUGGGUGAGCACAGCUUUGACAGAUGCCAGUAGUUGUGUGUACUCAUUUCCUGGGAAUAGAAUGAGUAAGAGAGUUGCUGCUAUUAAGCUUAAGGCCAAGAAUGUUGCAGAAGUUACAAGUAAUGCUCUUUUCUUGUUCCAUAGAUAUGCAUCUACCUUCCAGAAAGCCACAAUGAACACCAGUAAUUCCUAACUUGGAACCUAACUUGGUUUAUCUUGUUACCUGUUCAUGUGUAUGACACAUGUUUUUUCUUUGGGUGGGUUAUGAUUCCUGUUACUUAUGGUGUAAUCAUGAUAUUGAUAAAUUAAUUUGAUCAUUAUUUAUGUUUA